GAACGCCCCAUUAUUCUACAUCAAUUCAACAGGCAGCAGACUCUCAGGAUUCGCCUCAAAACUACAUCUGCGAGCCCCGCAGCAGUUUGAAUGUUGGCGUAUUGAUACAGCCUCAUGUGUGAGAGGGAAGGUGAAAGGUGUUUGGCUGCUUAUCCUCUUAGUAGCAUUAUGCUGAGCCUCGUACAAGCUCUGCCAUGCGUUGCGCCCUUGUAGUUCCCCAAAAAUCGGAGUCAGCAUCUCUGCGUCCGUUGCGCACAGCUGGAGGAGCAGUCCGCAGCGGCGCGGGGCCGAACAGCCGGCCGCACAGUCCUUCCACAGGUCAAAGCUGAAGAUGAAACACACUUUGUACGUACAUGUGCUUUUUUGUCUGCCGGUGGCUUCUUCAUACCACAUAAGAGCGCAGGCAUGACUAAGGAUUAGCAAUGCAUCUGACAUAACUUCCUGUUUGGAGUCGAGACAAUGAACGUAUACUUGCCUCAGAGGAGGAGACUAAGGUGCAGCCGCAUCCUCUUCUUUAUCUCAGGUGUCCUGCUGUGUUUCGUCUACACCUUGACUUUGAAGGCCAGGCUGUCACAGCCACUAGCCUCUGCCCAGACGGAUGAUGGAGCGGAGGUGGGUAGCGAUGAACACGUCGAGGUCAGCAUUCGGGAGUUGAUAGCGUCCAAUGAGACUGAGGAAACUAAAGCUACCCUGGUGAAAGUCGUCAACAGGACGGAUAUUGAACAGUGUAUCUAUGUAGAUCCCCAGCCUCCCAAACCACCUCCAACUCCACCGCCACUGACCACCGCAACUCCACCCUACCCCCCACUCCAGCCACCUCACAGGAAGGGUGACUACCCGGAGGACUUGUUCUCGAUAGAGCAGCGUCGACAGGGCUGGGUGGCCCUGCACAUUGUAGGGAUGGUUUACAUGUUUGUCGCCCUGGCCAUCGUCUGUGAUGAGUUCUUCGUCCCUGCACUGGAAGUCAUCACCAACAAGCUGGAGAUCUCCGAUGAUGUGGCUGGGGCCACCUUCAUGGCGGCGGGAGGCUCUGCCCCUGAGCUCUUCACCUCCCUGAUUGGGGUCUUCAUCUCCCACAGUAACGUGGGCAUCGGCACCAUUGUGGGCUCAGCUGUCUUCAACAUUCUCUUUGUGAUCGGCAUGUGUGCCAUCUUCUCUCGGGAGAUGCUGCACCUGACCUGGUGGCCUCUGUUCAGGGACGUGAAUUUCUACAUCCUGGACCUCAUCAUGCUUAUCAUCUUCUUCUUGGAUAACAUGAUCCUGUGGUGGGAGAGCAUGCUGUUGGUGCUGGGCUACAUCAGCUACGUGAGCUUCAUGAAAUUCAACAGUCAGAUCGAGCAGGCGGUCAAGACCCAGCUUAACAAACACAUGAGCAUCGUUAAGGUGUGGACCACAGAGGAGCCAGAGAAGGAAAGUGAAGCACCACCGCCUCCACCACCUGCUGCUGCUGCUCCAACUGCUCCGCCAAAAGUUGAAGAAAAAUCCAAACCAGAACCUGUACAACCUCCAAGCAGCCCUCAAAGCAGCAAACUGCUGCCAGACUCACAAGAUGACAAGACAAGACUCAAGGUGCGCCCUGCCCUGCAGCGAGGAGGCAGCUCAGCCUCCCUACACAACACCUCGCUUCGGAGCACCAUCUUCCAGCUGAUGAUCCACACAUUGGACCCUCUGGGAGAAGAAGCAGUUCUUAGAGGGGCCGUUAAAACCCCUGGCCCCAGAAAAGUCAGAAGAGAAACAUCUUUUAAUGGUGAUGUUAGAGGUGAGGGGCCAGUACAGAGGAAAGCGAAGAACAAAGUAAAGCCUAUGAAUGUCCCGGUGACGGGCAAACUGCAGAGCGAGUCCCAUCACCGCUGCAGUCAAGAUCCAGAUCAAAAGCCUAAGUCUGAGCAACCAGCUGCUGCUGCUGCACCAGAGGGAGCAGCUACUGCUGAGCCGUCCACCUCACAGCCUCCAAAGGCAGAAGAGACAACUCAGGAAACAUCUGACCGGCCGGACGAAUCGAAGGCAGCAGCAGCAUCAGCGGGUGGAUCAGGGGGCUCUGAGGGCAGUGCUGAGGAUGAGAGUGGUGAUGAAGAAAGCAGCGACUCGAGCGAGAGUGAAGAUGAUGGCGACAAUGAAGACAAGGAGGAAGAAGAAAAGGAGGAAGAAGAGGAGGAGGAGAACCAACCAUUGUCUUUAGAGUGGCCUGAAAACAGGCGCAAGCAGGCGACUUAUCUGUUCCUGCUGCCCAUCGUGUUCCCGCUGUGGCUCACCCUGCCUGAUGUCCGCAACCUGGCAUCCAGGAGAUACUUUGCCAUCACCUUCAUAGGCUCCAUCAUCUGGAUUGGUGCUUUCUCCUACUUGAUGGUGUGGUGGGCUCAUCAGGUGGGUGAGACUGUGGGCAUCUCAGAGGAGAUCAUGGGACUGACCAUCUUAGCAGCUGGGACAUCUAUCCCUGACCUGAUCACCAGUGUGAUUGUGGCCCGGAAGGGUUUGGGUGACAUGGCAGUGUCCAGCUCAGUGGGGAGUAACAUCUUUGACAUCACUGUAGGUCUGCCGAUUCCAUGGUUGAUGUACACCCUGCUCCACAAUGGUGAGCCAGUUAUGGUCAGCUCCAAUGGCCUGUUCUGCGCCAUUGUGCUGCUCUUCCUGAUGCUCCUCUUUGUCAUUAUCUCCAUCGCCGCCUGUCGGUGGAAGAUGAGCCGAAAGUUGGGCCUCACCAUGUUCGUACUGUACUUUGUGUUCCUUGUCCUGAGUGUUCUGCUGGAGGAUCGUGUCCUCAUCUGCCCUGUUUCCAUCUGAGGGAAACAGCACCGUCACACAAGACUUGGUACAUCCACACACGAAUUAUACUGUAAUAUAGGAUCUGUUAGAGAAAAGAACUGAGCCUAAUGUUAAAAGGCUGAUCAGGCACACACUAGAUGCUAAAUUAAAGGAAAAUUCUACGCUUAACAUGGUUUUACAUAUUUAAUCUGACAUUUAAUGACAUUUAAUCAACAUUUUCCAGCAGCUCCAGUCUCAUAGUAAAGUAUUAUCCUCCACCUUUUUAACUGAGUGUCUGAGCUGUGUGAAAUAUAUUCACCAUAUAGUGCAAAGAGAUGUACACUCAAUGAAAUAAGGGCUAGGAUGUUACUGUCUUUGGUAUGAAAUACAAUGAGAUAUCCAACUGUGCCCUCUGGUGGCUGGAACAAAGACUGCCACAAGGCUCCUACUGCUUUAGUAUGAGUGGAUGCCGAUUGGAAAAUGUGAAGCUUAAAUCAUGGCUUUUAAGUUUGGAGGAUGUCUUUGGUAUUGGACAUGUGUGGCUCGCAGGAUUUGAUCUUUGUGCACAUGUUCAGCCGAUGAUCAGCAAUCUGACUUUACUGCCCACAAAGAAGUGAUUAUUUCUUACAUAUUGUUUAAUAGUUGGCAAUGGGAGUCCACUGGGAGUGCACUGAAGCAAGCCUGACUACUGAGUGUCCAUAUUUCCAACAUUUCCAGCAGUUUUUUAAUGAAAAACGGGAAAACGAUCAGACUUAACCACUUAGUCUUCAUGCGCAUGAUUAGAAAGCUAAGUGGUCACAACUAUUUUUCUUUGUGGUUUAAAAGAAACUAUCAUUGCAACUAUCAUUUUCAGAGUUCAUUACUAGCCAUACUGUGCAACAUGGAUUUAAUAAACUUAAGACACACAUUUGAUUAGUGUAGAUUGUACACUGGAUGAUGUUACCUGCCGAAUCUUGGCCAAGAUGAAUGGCAGGUAUUUCUCAUCUUUGUGUUUCCAUACUAGAUCCUCAUUUGUGCGGUCACAAUAUCAGCUCAGAGAAAUUAUCUUUAGUUUUUCUCAAGUACUGGUGUCAGCACAUCAUUUCAUGUUGCACUCCUACCAAUAGUAGGUGAUAAAGGUUAUAACAGCAGUGGUGAGAUGGCUGUCUUUGGUUUCAAAACCAUUACAACAGCCAACUUUGAACCUCUUUCACAGUGGGCUAUAGAAUCACCAGUUUGGAGCCAUGACCAAAUUAAGAAUAGUUUUAGCCCAAGAAUCCUCUUCUAAUGCAAAAAGUGGAACAGUUUUGUAUAGUAGUGAAACACAUUUACCUAACACAUGAAAGAUCCCAGGUCAAGACCAGGAGAAGACACAAAUCCUGAAGUCCAACAUACAGAUCCAUCUGCUGUAGCGACCUGCUGUGAAUGAGGGAGUAGCUGGAAGAAGCAUAAUUAAAAAACUUCUUAUCGCAGUGACUGUAAAAUAUCAAUACAGUAACGCACACAAGACGAGAGAUGUCAGAAUAAAUCAGGAAAUAACUAACGCUAAGACCAGGACUAAGAUAUAUAAACUUGACAGAGCACAACAGGGAUGACAGAAAGAGAUAAACUAGAAUACAAGCAGACUACAAUCAGGAUAUAAUACAUGACGAAUGAAAAUAACAUCCUAAAGAGCCAAACAUAAACACAAGAGGCCCUCAGAAAACAAAAGGGACAAAAUUCAAAACUGUAGGUUCACUACACUCCCUCAGCUCUCUCCCAGUCUAGAACUAGAACUAUGUAUAUGUAUAUACUGUACUAUAUAUUUCUGUCUGCCAGUACAGGAAACAGUCAUUUCUUUACUGUGGCAAGAACACUUAUAAAAUAUACAGACUGUGUCUAUAUUUGUCCAACAGAGCAAGUAUAAAACUUUGCUGUAGCUGCUGGAAGUAUCUGAAAAUGACACCACACUGCUUAAUUAUUUUCAACAAACAUGAAGCAAUCAUAAUACAUCCCCAUUCUGUUAACAGAUUUUCUUUAGUUUGUUUUUUUUUUUGGUGUUGGUGGAAUUUUCCUUUAAUAAGCAAAUGCUUAUGGGUAGUCUCUGAGCUGACAGCAUUAGGUCAUUUAAAAGCAUUACACCCACUCCAGUAGUAAUGGUACACACUGACCUAGCAGCAAAUCAGAGUCACUGGAUGUAACUUCAGUUUUGUAUGUUUAGUAUUUCUGGAACUAUCAUCCCUAACACCCUGUUCUGUAUUUAACUUGACAGGUAUUUGUUCAUGUUUAGUGUUUAAAAGACUUUUUGUGUCACUUAACUGUGGUGGAGAGAUUCCGUUAUAUGUGUGUGUGUGUGUGUGUGUGUGUGUGUGUGUGUGUGUGUAUCAGGAAGACACACAUCAGACUGUCUUAGCUGUGAGAAAACCUGACCCGUGUGAUGUUUUCAGAUGUUCCUGUUGUGGAUGCAAACAUGGAUUAUUGAUAAUGGAAACUAUCAAUAUUUCAAAUUAAAAUUCCAUGCUGCAAUAAAUUAUUUUUUUAACAGUGAA